AUGUCAAGGCUAGAGAUGAAGGCGCUAAUGGAGACAAGAGCGAUGGAGCCACCGCACGCAUCGGAGACGUGGACGAGGUCAAGGCCGGCUGGAGACGAGGCCGCACAUGUCGGAGCUGAGGAUGAGGGUGACGCCAGCUACCGGAGACAAGGGAGAGGGCCCCUCGCGCGCCGGGGAGAGAGGACGAGAACGAGGCUGGCUGCCAGAGAUGAGGAAGAGGGCACCGUCGCGCACGUUGGGGAGACAACACCGGAUGACGGUGAGGCUGGCUGGAUCGAGACGAGGCCACGCACGCCGGAUCGAGACAGGCGCAUGGCGCGAGUGGCGAGUGUGGCCAUAGACGAGGAAGAGGGGAAGGGUGGCGAACGCGGCCGGCAUGGGGGAUUGAAGAAGCGCGGCAUGGCGGCAGUGGAUGACAGAGAUUGGAAAAAUAGAGAUCAAGCAUCAAAUCUUCUAGUAUACUUCAAAUCAUUUGACUUUGCCUUUUAUUUGCAUCUCAUGCUGACUACAUUAACUGCCACAAAUGCCUUGUCAUUAGCAUUGCAACGCAAGGAUCAAGACAUUGUAAAUGCCAUUGGAUGUGUGAAAUCAACUAGACUCCAUUUGAAUAAUCUUAGAAGAGAUGGGUGGGACAAAUUAUUAGAUGAAGUGAAUGAGUUUUGUGACAUGCAUGAAAUUGACCGAGUGGAAAUGGAAGAUGCCUAUGUUGAUCCCCGACAACCUAGAAAAAAAUUAGGAAUUACGUACAAGCAUCACUAUGAAGUGGAUUGCUUUAAUGAUGUUAUUGAUUGGCUAGUUCAAGAGCUUGAUAGCCGCUUUAGUGAGACAAGCUCUCAAUUGCUUGUUUGCUCGGCCGCUUUUGACCCAAGGGAUCGAUUUCAUGCUUUUGAUAUGGAGACUUUGAUGAGCUUAGCAAAACUAUAUCCUGAUGAAUUUAGUACUAAUGAUUUGAGAGACCUUAGUCAUUACCUUUGCCUUUACAUUGCCGAUGUGCGAGAAGAUGCUAGAUUCUCCAACAUCAACACUAUUGCUUCCAAGUGUUGUUCACAACUGAAGUGCUCUUUGUGCUCAAAUGGGUGCCUGGGGCAAGCACCUGACUCCCCGAGAGAAUCAAGGGGAAAGUCCAGUCUCGGGAGAGGGAAGGCAGAUUCUACCAAUUCAGAUGAUUCUUCUGAUGACCUCGGGGAAGAUGACGAUGCUUUUAACCAUAUGAAUGCUACAAGGGAAUCAACUGUUGGCAUCAGCCGACUGUCGAGGGUCUCUUCACAGUUUCUUCCUCCUGAUGGAUCACGCAAGAUUCAGGUCCCUUUGGGUAACUAUGACAUGAGAUACUCCUUCCUGUCUCAAAGAGGUUACUAUCCAGAAUCACUGGACAAGGCAAAUCAAGAUAGCUACUGCAUACAUACCCCAUUUGGACCAAGUCCUGAUGACCACUUCUUUGGUGUGUUUGAUGGCCAUGGGGAAUAUGGAGCUCAGUGCUCACAAUUUGUGAAGCGAAGAUUAUGCGAGAACCUGCUCAGAGAUAACCGGUUUCGUACAGAUGCUGUGCUGGCUCUUCAUUCUGCUUUUGUUGCAACGAACUCACAGCUGCAUGCCGACAACUUGGAUGACUUCAUGAGUGGUACUACUGCAGUCACUAUAUUGGUCAGGGGUAAAACUAUGUAUGUUGCGAAUACCGGUGAUUCACGUGCUGUUAUUGCCGAAAUACGAGGGGAUGAUAUUGUCGCUGUUGACCUCUCCAUAGAUCAAACCCCAUACCGAUUUGAUGAGUUUGAAAGGGUCAAGGAAUGUGGUGCUAGGGUUCUAACGUUGGACCAAAUAGAGGGCCUAAAGAACCCAGAUGUGCAGUGUUGGGGUACUGAAGAAAGUGAUGAUGGCGAUCCUCCAAGGUUAUGGGUGCAAAAUGGCAUGUACCCAGGAACUGCUUUUACACGUAGCAUUGGAGAUUCUGUUGCUGAGUCAAUUGGUGUCAUCGCAGAUCCUGAGAUUUUUGUCCUGGAUCUCAAUUCCAACAAUCCAUUUUUUGUUCUUGCUAGCGAUGGCGUUUUUGAGUUCCUUUCCAGUCAAACAGUUGUCGACAUGAUUUCUAAAUACAAGGAUCCUCGAGAUGCAUGUGCAGAAAUUGUUGCGGAGUCCUAUCGUCUUUGGCUACAGUAUGAAACUCGUACAGAUGACAUUACAAUCAUAGUUGUGCAUAUUAAUGGGUUAACUGAUGAAUUUACCCAGACUGUUACGAAGGUGACUUUACAACCUUCACAGCAAGUAGUAGGACUGGCAGGCUCUGAAUCACCACUAAUAGUAAGUUCCAACACCAAUAAUCAGCGCUCAAGGCAUGAUUUAUCACGGGCACGAUUGAGGGCGCUUGAAAGUUCUCUGGAGAAUGGUCAAUUAUGGGUCCCUCCAUCUCCAUCGCAUCGGAAGACAUGGGAAGAGCAAGCGCAUAUUGAGCGGGUACUACAUGAUCAUUUCCUAUUUAGGAAGCUUACUGACUCACAAUGUCAUGUUCUACUUGAUUGUAUGCAACGAGUUGAGGUGAAAUCUGGGGAUAUAGUAGUACAACAGGGCGGCGAAGGUGACUGCUUCUAUGUAGUUGGUAGUGGUGAGUAUGAAGUUCUGGCUAUUCAGGAAGAAAAUGGAAAGGAAAUAACCACGGUUCUGCAUCGGUAUACAGCUGACAAGUUAUCUUCCUUUGGGGAGCUAGCACUGAUGCACAAUAAGCCACUUCAGGCUUCAGUUCGUGCUGUGACCAGUGGAACAUUAUGGGCUCUAAAGCGGGAGGACUUCCGGGGUAUUUUGAUGUCAGAAUUUUCAAACAUACCAUCAUUGAAGUUGCUCCGAUCUGUAGAACUGUUUACAAGAUUUACAGUGCUUCAACUAAGUCAACUUGCUGGGUCGCUUGUUGAAGUAUCUUUUGCAGAUGGGCAAAAAAUAGUAGAUAAGAAUGAUGACGUCUCUUCGCUAUAUGUCAUUCAAAGAGGUCGUGUGAGACUUAUAUUGGCUACUGGUCAAAUGACUUCAGAUACCUGGGAUCUCAUCAGUGCUCAAACAAAGCAGGCACAAAGUAGUCAGGAAAAUGGUAAUUAUGUGGUUGAGAUAGAUGAGGGAGGGCACUUCGGAGAGUGGUCUCUCAUUGGUGAGACUAUUGCUUUUACUGCUAUUGCUGUUGGUGAUGUUACUUGUUCUACUAUCACGAAGGAGAAAUUUGAUUCAAUUGUUGGGCCUUUGCCUAAACUUCCACAAGCUGAUUCCAAGAUUAAAGAAUCUCUGGUAACCGAGGAGAAUCUUGCAGAUGGUGAUUUUCCUUUUAGGAGGGUGACGCUCUCUGAUUUGGAAUGGAAAAUGUGCAUAUAUGCUGCUGAUUGCAGUGAGAUUGGUCUCGUCCAAGUUAGGGGCUCUGACAAGAUCAGAAGUUUAAAAAGGUUUUACAUCAAGAGAGUACAAGAUCUCCAUAAGGAAGUACAAGUUUUUGAGGAAAAGGACCUUAUGAAAAGCUUGAGCAAAUCAACUUGUGUGCCAGAAGUUCUGUCUACUUGUGCUGAUCAGUCAUACCUUGCAAUAUUGCUGAAUUGUUGCCUUUGUUGCUCACUGGCUUCAAUACUUCAUACACCACUAAAUGAGUCAUCUGCAAAAUUCUUUGCAGCCUCAGUUGUUGCUGCUCUAGAAGAACUUCAUCAGAAGUCCAUUAUUUAUAGAGGUGUUUCGGCAGACAUUCUUAUGCUCGAUAGAUUAGGACAUCUGCAGCUGGUAGAUUUUAGGUUUGCAAAGAAGUUGGAAGGUCAAAGGACCUACACAAUAUGUGGGAUUGCUGACUCUCUGGCACCAGAGAUUGUUCUUGGUAGGGGCCAUGGAUUUGCUGCUGACUGGUGGGCACUUGGAGUUUUGAUCUAUUUCAUGCUUCAGUCAGAAAUGCCAUUCGGGUCCUGGAGGGAGAGCGAGCUGGAACCUAUUACAAAAAUUGCCAAAGGUCACCUUGUUAUGCCAGUGUCAUUCAGUGCUGAAGUUGUUGACCUUAUAACCAAGCUACUUGUGGUAGACGAAAACACGCGCCUUGGAACCAGUGGUGUUGAAGCUGUAAAGAAACACCCCUGGUUUGAUGGCAUUGAUUGGGAGCGAAUAGCAUCUGGGACUUGUGCAGUACCUGAAGAAAUCACUGAGCGUGUCAACAGCUGUAUAGAAACUCUUAAUGAGGACUUAUCAGCAUCUCAUUCUGUGCCGAUCAAAGACCCAGAUGAUCUUACUGCUCCAGAGUGGAUCCAGGAUUGGUGA